UCUCGUUGGUUCGUCUCUUUCCUUGUUGCCAUUUGAAUUGGAAUCCUGAAGAAAUUAGCAGAGUCGCCGUCUUGAAUCUGUCGAGGGAAGGCUCGAUCUGGAUCGUCUCCUCCGAUCCAUCUUUUUUCUUCAUCGCAUUUCGCUGUUUCGCGAUCCGAUCCCUUCGAGAACCAAAUCUGGAUCGAGGUAAAGGCGGAGGUAAUGGCGCAUCCGGCGAUGCUGACGUCCGGCGCGAGCGGCCGUGUAGCUUCCCUCUUGUUCCUCAGUGCGCCCAGGGGCUUGCUGCUCCUCUUUCGAGGUGUUGCCCUGCUUCUGCUCCUCCCGUUCCGGUGGCGGCGGGUCCGUGGGUCGAAAGUUGAGGGUCGGGCGGAGUCGAGUAAGAAGGGCGGCCGAGUCGGGGUGGUGGUGAGAGUGCCUGCGGCGAUGUUUCCGCGGAGACAGAGGGAGCAAGAUUCGGCGUGGCGUAGGGCGCUGGCGAUCCAGCGGGUCGUGGAGGCAAGGCAGCAGGGGCGGCUUGAGAGAGAGGUCGCUCUGUUCACGACGGCAAGAGGAGACACUCUUUUUACACAGUCAUGGACUCCUUUAAACACGAAGACGAGGGGUUUGGUGGUUUUGUUGCAUGGACUGAACGAACAUAGUGGUAGAUAUGACCACUUCUCAAAGAAGCUCAACGAUAAUGGUUUUAAAGUAUAUGCAAUGGAUUGGAUAGGGCAUGGGGGAAGUGAUGGAUUGCAUGGAUAUGUUGAUUCCCUUGAUUAUGCAAUCAGUGAUUUGAAAGCAUUUCUGCAAAAGGUUUUGGCAGAGAAUCCUAGGCUACCUUGCUUUUGCUUCGGCCAUUCAACCGGUGGAGCUAUUGUUCUGAAGGCGAUUUGUGAUCCAAAGAUAGAAGGCUGGAUUAGUGGUAUCGCAUUGACAUCACCGGCUGUCUAUGUUCACCCUUCACAUCCGAUAAUAACGACAAUAGUAGCUCCAGUUUUCUGUCUUCUAGCCCCGAAGUACCAAUUUAGCAGCGCAAGUAAUAGCACAUCACCAGUUUCCCGCGAUCCUGAAGCCCUCAAGCACAAGUACACCGACCCGCUGGUGUUCACUGGCUCUGUCCGAGUCAAGACUGGUUAUGAGAUCUUGCGCUCAUCAGCCUACCUGAAGCAGAAUCUGUACAGAGUUAGUGUCCCUUUCCUAGUGCUCCAUGGGACUUCCGACGAUCUGACCGACCCCAAGGGUUCUCAAAGAUUGUUCGAUGAAGCUUCGUCGACGGACAAGUCCAUCAAACUAUACCCAGGGCUUCUACAUGAUCUUCUCAUCGAACCUGAACGCGUUGAGAUUAUGGCAGACAUUAUCGACUGGUUCAGCUGCAGAGUUCAUCAGUCUGACUGUGUUUGGGCAAGUGGAUAACUCUGAUUAACAUCAAGGCGACUAGUUCAUUGAGCCGACCUCUGUUUUUUCUUCUUGGUUGGCCAGUUUUUAGUCUAAAAAGAUAAAUAAAAACCGAUGUAGCCAGCCAGUAGCUGACAUGUAUCUUUUAUAUAUAUAUAUAUAGUUACAUGGUCACAACAAGAAAAUUUCCAAUAUGAAGAGAUUGAAGCUGAAAUCAUCAGAUUUCUCUUCUUUGAUGGCAA